GAGGCGCUGCAGGGGACGUGGGGGAAGUGGCGGCACCGGCAGCGGACAUCUGGGACUGCGCCCGGGGCUGGAGCCGGAGCUCCCGGAGGACUGUGGUGGCUGCUUUCUGGACUGUAGGCCAGCAGUUACUUGUCUCCAUGAGAUGCCAAACUAUAAAUCAGUUGAUUGACUUAUGUGCAGUUUGGGAGCCUGGAGUCUUCUUGCCCUGUGUAGACGGGAGCAGAGCCUCCCCUGGUGUUUCGAGAAACAGGCCGAAUGAGGCAGAGAAGCUGAGCACUGUCUGGAAAGCCCACAUAGAGCAGCCCAAGGCAUCGAGAGUCUGCGGGCUGGGCAGCAGGGAGCAGGGCCUGGUGCUGACAAUGGCCAGGCAACAGGCACCACCCUGGGUCCAUGGAGCCCUCAUCCUCUUCCUCCUCAGCCUCGGAGGGGCCAUUGAGAUUCCGAUGGAUCCAAGCAUUCAGAGUGAGCUGACCCAACCUCCGACUAUCACCAAGCAGUCAGUGAAGGACCACAUUGUGGACCCCCGUGAUAACAUCCUGAUUGAAUGUGAAGCUAAAGGGAACCCUGCCCCCAGCUUUCACUGGACUCGCAACAGCAGAUUCUUCAACAUUGCCAAGGACCCGCGGGUAUCAAUGAGGAGGCGAUCUGGGACCUUGGUGAUUGACUUCCGCAGUGGUGGGCGACCUGAGGAAUACGAAGGGGAAUACCAGUGCUUUGCCCGAAACAAAUUUGGUACUGCGCUUAGCAACCGGAUCCGCCUGCAGGUGUCCAAAUCUCCCCUGUGGCCCAAGGAAAACCUGGAUCCCGUUGUGGUCCAAGAGGGUGCCCCCUUGACACUGCAGUGCAACCCCCCACCUGGCCUCCCGUCCCCAGUCAUCUUCUGGAUGAGCAGCUCCAUGGAGCCCAUCACCCAGGACAAGCGUGUCUCCCAGGGCCAUAAUGGGGACCUGUACUUCUCCAACGUCAUGCUGCAGGACAUGCAGACUGACUACAGCUGCAACGCGCGCUUCCACUUCACCCACACCAUUCAGCAGAAGAACCCCUUCACCCUCAAGGUCCUCACCAACAACCCCUAUAAUGACUCGUCUUUAAGAAACCACCCUGACAUAUACAGUGCCCGAGGGGUUGCAGAGAGCACGCCCAGCUUCAUGUAUCCCCAGGGCACCUUGAGCAGUCAGAUGGUUCUUCGAGGCAUGGACCUGCUGCUGGAGUGCAUUGCUUCUGGGGUCCCAACACCAGACAUUGCAUGGUACAAGAAAGGUGGGGACCUCCCAUCUGACAAGGCCAAGUUUGAGAACUUUAACAAGGCCCUGCGCAUCACCAACGUCUCCGAAGAAGACUCUGGGGAGUAUUUCUGCCUGGCCUCCAACAAGAUGGGCAGCAUCCGGCACACGAUCUCGGUGAGAGUAAAGGCUGCUCCAUACUGGCUGGACGAGCCCAAGAACCUGAUCCUGGCUCCUGGUGAAGAUGGGAGGCUAGUAUGCCGAGCCAAUGGGAACCCAAAGCCAACCGUACAGUGGAUGGUGAAUGGAGAACCUUUGCAAUCGGCACCACCCAACCCCAACCGCGAGGUGGCUGGAGACACCAUCAUCUUCCGGGACACUCAGAUCAGCAGCAGGGCAGUGUACCAGUGCAACACAUCCAAUGAACAUGGCUACCUGCUGGCCAAUGCCUUCGUCAGUGUGUUGGAUGUGCCCCCGCGGAUGCUGUCUCCCCGGAACCAGCUCAUCAGGGUGAUCCUUUACAACCGGACACGACUGGACUGUCCAUUCUUUGGGUCUCCCAUUCCAACACUCCGAUGGUUUAAGAAUGGGCAAGGAAGCAACCUGGAUGGUGGUAACUACCACGUCUACGAAAAUGGCAGUCUAGAAAUCAAGAUGAUUCGCAAAGAGGACCAAGGCAUCUACACAUGUGUGGCCACCAACAUCCUGGGCAAAGCUGAAAAUCAAGUCCGCCUGGAGGUCAAAGACCCCACGAGGAUUUACAGAAUGCCCGAGGACCAGGUGGCCAAGAGGGGCACCACAGUGCAGUUGGAGUGCCGAGUGAAGCAUGACCCCUCCUUGAAGCUCACUGUCUCCUGGCUGAAGGACGAUGAACCACUCUACAUUGGAAACAGGAUGAAGAAGGAAGAUGACUCCUUGACCAUCUUUGGCGUGGCAGAGCGGGACCAAGGCAGUUACACGUGCAUGGCCAGCACCGAGCUGGACCAGGACCUAGCCAAGGCCUACCUCACUGUCCUAGCUGAUCAGGCCACUCCAACUAACCGUUUGGCUGCCCUACCCAAAGGGAGGCCAGACCGACCCAGGGACUUGGAGCUCACUGACCUGGCCGAGAGGAGUGUGAGGCUGACCUGGAUCCCAGGCGACGAUAACAACAGCCCCAUCACAGACUACGUCAUCCAGUUUGAAGAGGACCAGUUCCAACCAGGGGUCUGGCAUGACCACUCCAAGUUCCCAGGCAGCGUCAACUCAGCCAUCCUCCAUCUGUCCCCAUAUGUCAACUACCAAUUCCGAGUCAUCGCUGUCAACGAGGUUGGGAGCAGCCACCCCAGCCUUCCAUCUGAGCGCUACCGGACCAGUGGAGCGCCUCCUGAAUCGAAUCCCAGCGAUGUGAAGGGAGAAGGGACAAGGAAGAACAAUAUGGAGAUCACAUGGACACCCAUGAAUGCUACCUCUGCCUUUGGCCCCAACCUGCGCUACAUUGUCAAGUGGCGGCGGAGAGAGACCCGAGAGACUUGGAACAAUGUCACGGUGUGGGGCUCUCGCUAUGUGGUGGGGCAGACCCCUGUCUACGUACCCUAUGAGAUCCGAGUCCAGGCUGAAAAUGACUUUGGGAAGGGUCCCGAGCCCGACACCAUCAUUGGGUACUCGGGAGAAGAUUAUCCCAGGGCUGCUCCCACUGAAGUUAAAAUACGAGUCAUGAACAGCACAGCCAUCAGCCUUCAGUGGAACCGAGUCUACUCUGACACGGUCCAGGGCCAGCUCAGAGAAUAUCGAGCUUACUACUGGAGGGAAAGCAGUUUGCUGAAGAACCUGUGGGUGUCUCAGAAGAGACAGCAGGCCAGCUUCCCUGGUGACCGCACCCGGGGCGUGGUGGCUCGCCUGUUCCCCUACAGUAACUACAAGCUGGAGAUGGUUGUGGUCAAUGGGAGAGGUGAUGGGCCUCGAAGUGAAACCAAGGAAUUCACCACCCCAGAAGGAGUACCCAGUGCCCCCAGGCGUUUCAGAGUCCGACAGCCCAACCUGGAGACCAUCAACCUGGAAUGGGAUCACCCAGAGCACCCCAAUGGAAUCCUGAUUGGAUACACCCUCAAAUAUGUGGCCUUUAAUGGAACCAAACUGGGAAAGCAGAUGGUGGAAAACUUCUCUCCCAAUCAGACCAAGUUCACAGUGCAGAGAGCAGACCCUGUGUCGCGUUACCGCUUCUCCCUCAGUGCCAGGACGCAAGUGGGCUCAGGAGAAGCAGCCACAGAGGAGUCCCCAGCACCUCCAAAUGAAGCCACUCCAACUGCAGCUCCUCCCACGUUGCCCCCGACUACUGUGGGUACCACAGGCCUUGUGAGCAGUGCUGAGGCUACUGCCCUUGCCGCCACCAGUGAAGCCACAACAGUUCCUAUCAUCCCAACUGUCGUACCUACCACCAUCGCCACCACCAUCGCCACAACUACAACCACUGCCGCCGCCACCACCACGGAGAGCCCUCCCACUACCAGCACUGGGACUAAGAUUCAAGAAACCGCCCCUGAUGAGCAUGAGCAGUCCAUUUGGAACGUCACGGUGCUCCCCAACAGUAAAUGGGCCAACAUCACCUGGAAGCACAAUUUCAGGCCUGGAACUGACUUUGUGGUUGAGUACAUCGACAGCAACCAUACGAAAAAAACUGUCCCUGUUAAGGCCCAGGCCCAGCCUAUACAGCUGACAGACCUCUAUCCCGGGAUGACGUACACGUUGCGGGUGUAUUCCCGGGACAACGAGGGCAUCAGCAGUACCGUCAUCACCUUUAUGACCAGUACAGCUUACACCAAUAACCAGGCAGACAUCGCCACCCAGGGCUGGUUCAUCGGGCUCAUGUGUGCCAUCGCCCUCCUGGUGCUGAUCCUGCUCAUCGUCUGCUUCAUCAAAAGGAGUCGUGGUGGCAAGUACCCAGUACGAGAAAAGAAGGAUGUCCCCCUGGGUCCUGAAGACCCCAAAGAAGAAGACGGCUCAUUUGACUACAGUGAUGAGGACAACAAGCCCCUGCAGGGCAGCCAGACAUCUCUGGACGGCACCAUCAAGCAGCAAGAGAGCGAUGACAGCCUGGUGGACUACGGUGAAGGUGGUGAGGGCCAGUUCAAUGAAGAUGGCUCCUUUAUCGGCCAGUACACAGUCAAAAAGGACAAGGAGGAAACAGAGGGCAAUGAGAGCUCAGAGGCCACAUCACCGGUCAAUGCCAUCUAUUCUCUGGCCUGAUGGAGCACCCCAGGAAUGGCACUACUUUGCAAGUAGGAGGGGAGAGGGGGAGAUAAAGCAACUGCAGACCUACCACAAAGCCACAACCACCUUCAGGGACAAGGGUACAACAUAGGGGUCUGCCAAGCUGUGAGGACCAGUGGCCUCACAGCUGUCCACAAGCCCCUCCUGGUGAUGCCCCGAUGCGCUUGGGUGCCAGUAGAUGGGAAAGCUAGAGCUACGCUCAUUGGAGGGAGCCCUAGUCCUUUGCCCCGUCUCACGGCCACCCUGAGCAUUCCGUCACAAUGAUCACCCUUGAUCUCAACUCACACUUUCCAUUUCUAUUGCUUACAGUCUUUUCAUUAUCUAUUUUUUGCUUUGUGCAUCUUCUCCUUCCAACCCAUUGUUUCAAUUUUCUUUUGCUUUUGAAAAAAAGAAAUGUUCCUAGAAAAAGAGUAAGUGGGCUCCCCUCCCCCCAGAAAAUGGAAAGAUGGGCAAAAAGAAUUGAUCCAUAACACAACAUGCAGAAAAGCUGUAGUAUUCAAGCUGCCACCAGGCCGGUGUGUUUCCGAAGGAUGCCUUUUGCCAUAUGCCUCCCCCACCCCCACUCCCCAGCCAUCUGCCUCGGCCUUGUCCAUGCUGAGCCGGGCUUGGCUCCUUUCUGGAAAAUGACAGUGUUUUUGGCAGGGAGAGGGUGAGCAGGACUCCUUUCCACGCUCUGGUUUGGUUGUGAGGAGGUUUACCUCUUGCUCCUUGUUUUUACUCUGCCCCUGCCACCAGAGAGUCUAUGAAUGAGCUGCACAGAAGAGAAAGAAGAAUAGGUGCCGAUAAGAAGGACUGUGGCAACUGGGCCCCAAGCAGAAGCAAGUCAAGAUGUGACUUGCUGGUAACAAAGCAAAUCUCUGGAGAAAAGAAAGGGACCUCUUUUGUCUCUGGCAGUGAAACCCGGAAUGGAGGAGAGAGGACCACACUUGCCCACCUGUCAGGGUCUAUGCUGCUACCCUCCAAGCGCUGGAACUCUGUGAUACAGGGUGUGGCUGAUGUAUCUGGGGGUAACAGUGCUGCUCCCCCUCCCAUCCUCUCCUUGCUCGGUUGUGUCUGACAUUGACUUGUGUUUGAUGUGGUAUAUGAAUGGGGAUCUGCUGCCCACAGACUGAGCCUAUCUGUCCUUUCAUUAGGGUAAACAUACAUAUCAGGGGACCAUGAGGUGUACCAUAUUAACAGUGCUGUGAUGCCCCUGCCUGGAAGGACACAAAGCUCUUCGUAUGCCUUAUGCAGCUCUGAUCUAACCCUGCAGUUUUCAGAUCCCUAGCCCUGUUCUGCAAGCCUUGAUGCCUCCAGUGAUGUGUGUGUCUCGGGACCAGGGCAGCCUAUGCAAGUGUCCCCUCGGGACCAGAAGCAGCCACUCCACACAUGCCCUUACCACCGCCACCACCCCAACCACCCUAAUGGAGACACUCGCAGGCGUGCAGUUCUCAGCCUGAAGGUGCUGCCUUCAUUCCCCACCUAACCCACUUUUAAAACCAAAGGUACCUUGCCUCAGCGACACAGAGAUGGGAGACCUUGAGCCAGAGUGUGGCCUGUAGCUGUGUCUGCAGCCUGGGGCAGCUGUGGCAGGGCAAGACUGACUGCUGCGAGUGGAUCACCUGCCGUUGGCAGGCCUCCAACUUGAGCUACUAGUUAGGGGCCUGGACAGGCCCAGGGCUGUGCCCUUCCGAGCCUUUCUGAAAGCAUCAUUUGCCAUACGUUUAAGCCACAGAGGUAUUAGCUAUGCUCGCAUCACUUGAUAAGCAUUAGGUUGAAGGUCAAGGCUGUAGGCACACACUCUUUGCAGGUAAGAAACCAUAUCCCAGAGAUGAGCCAAUAAUGUUUGAACCUGAGAGUGUGUCAUGGUCCUUUGGACCAACCCAUGGCCAGCAGACGGCUCUCACGGAGAAAGGAGACAGGGUAAACAGAGAACAGCUAGGGCUGGGCAAAUGUUAAGGUCCCCUUCCCUGGCUCUAGUCUAGCACCUCUUGAAUGCAGCUGGGCAUUCCUGCAGUAUAGGUCACCAUUCCUGAAGGGGAGGUUGGGGAAAUGUACCUGAUAGCUGGAAUAAAAGAUCAUCCUUUCCAGAAAACACUUUGGAUCUGGGCAGAGUGAUCAGUUUCUCAGGCAUGGUUUACACAUCCAGCUAGUAAGCCCAUUGCACCAAGAGCAGGCUGUUAGAGGAAGAGACUCGUAGAUGUCACUGUAGCUAUCUCUUUGCCACAGACAGCCUGGAGAGGGCUACUUUGGUCUUAAGGCUCUGAGGGAGAGCUGAAUCCUUAAGGCUCUUUGUGCUUCAUCCCAGAAUUCUGUCCUGCUUAGUACCGUCCUCCUUUAUAUAGGCUAUUAGCCCCUCCCUCGGGCUGUUGUUUUGUGGGUGCUGAUAGCUAGCCCAACCACCACCAAUCACAGCUCUCCUUGCAGGAACAGACCUGGGGCUGGAGAAGCAGUAGAGAUGGCAGGUGCCUGGGCAGACCAGGCUCAGUGAUGUGAGGUUGCAAGGACAAGAUCUUCCAGGAAGGGGAGAGGCCACUUUCCACAGAGCCUGCAAGAGUCUACCCCCAAACUCAGCGGGAAAACAGUAUUGCCACUUUCUACAUCUGGAUCUCCAGCAGCCAUCACAAAGUGAUGCUUAGUCCUGCUAGUGUUUCACCUGUCUGGCGGGAGCAGGGGAAGGGUGUGGGGCAUCUUGCAGUGAUCCUGAGUGUUUAUCAAAUGCUCUGAGCAUCUAGUUUGGGCAAAGGCUUGAGUCCUGAAAACCACAUAAACAAGGGAGGUCAGAUGUGGUCCCUGCCCACACAGGGCUGAUGUUACUGGAAACGAGUAGAUGAGUUACUAGGAUGCAGUGGCCAUUAAGUGGAAAGUAUUUUGUACUUGUUUUCUUGCACUGCUGAUUGCUUCAGGUCAGAAGGGAGAGAGUUCGAAGGGACAACUUGGUCCAUGGAGCCAGAAAAUCUGGGCAGGACACGGCAGUCAAGAUGAGUGGGUUAAGCCAGUGCUGUGCUUCUUUAGGGUGUCUGUCUCCCCAUUUAGUCCCCUCUUUGAAUACUCCUGUUCAGAGGUGAAUAGUGGUACUCAUCAGGAUUGACUGUCCAACCCUACCUGGGAUAUGCCAAACAGGACACAUCAGUCUCUUCUCGUGCGGAGUUUGACACUAGAGUUGACACUAGAGGGAAAGCCAGGUUGGCACCUGCCCUUACCUAUUUCCUCUGCCCCAGAGGUCAGUGUAGGUGGGACCCCCCCCCCAAAACAAGGUCUGAAAUGAUCACUGGGCCAAGAGUCAGCCGGUGACUCAACUCACCCCACAAGGGGAAUAAGAGAGCCUGUUCCUGGGCUCCCUGAACACAGUCAGCACUGAGAAGAGAAUGGAAACAUUCAUGGGUAUUUGUAGAGACCACCUCCCCACCCACCACACAGCUGUGCAUACACACAAACACAUAGCAGACCCAGAACCUAUUGCAGAGCGGUGCUUCCGUACGGAACAGUCCAGAUAUGACAUCAUCUUGCAGCAUGAGAGUCUGUAUCUGGGUUCACAUGAGAUGAGCUGCCAAGGCUUGGGGAAGGAGGUGGCUUUAGGAAGGGAGAGGCUCUCCAGACUGGGCCUUAUUUUUGUGAUUCCUGUAGACAGAAGGUAAAAAAAGAGAGAGACAGAGAGAGAUAUGAAGGAGAGACAAAUAGGCCUCCAUGUUUCCUGGCCUCUCCUAAGCCAGGCUAUCCUAGAGCCUCCCUUACAGCCUGUUGAUGGGGAGGCAAAGUUUUCUCGCUCUAUGAGGCUGUUUCAUUGUUGCUCUGAGAGGUGAAGCUUCUUGGUACCUCCAUGGUCUAGGAUUGAGGCCCAGACUCACCUCUCAGAGGGAGGAUAGCAAGUUGCUAGAAUGCAGCUCAGAGCCCAUUCCUCACUUCUGUCACCUUGGACUGGGGCAUUCUCCAGCCAAGUCUGUCCAAUCCAAGCCCAUGGCCAGGAUUAGGUCCACACAGCUAGCCACAGUGCUCUCUUUCUAGUGAAGCAAAAGCCCUUGUGUGAAUUUCACAUAGUAGCCUAGAAAUCCUAUGUAGGCAGUUCCCAAUCCAAAACAAGAAGUCUGAAGCCAGUGACUAAGAAUAUGGAGUGUCAGGAGUUUCAGUUGCCCUGGGAAAUGCAGGCAGGUUGGGCAGAGCUUCCCUUCAACCUUCAACUCAGUGGUUAAAUGCCUAAAACCAGACCUGUGGCUGUCUCCACCCAGCACAGCCUAAGCCCAGAAAAGUGUCGGUGCUUUGCUUCCUCUUCUUAGGAGGGGACUUCCAGAGGCACAUUCAGGAGAAGAGAGAGAAGGACAAGUGCCAGGGAAAACGCAAGACCGACCGAGCUAUCUCCAGCCACAGCGGCAAACCAGUGCUGCUCUUAUCAGCAUGUUAGUAUUAAAACGCUGCUGCAUGAAAAGGGAGAUGGAAAUGAAGCAGAACCAAGGCAUCUGGCUUAGGACAGAACCGGAUUCCUCAUGUGAAGGAACCUCAGAGCUGAGCUAAUUGGAAUGACUCACUGUACAGACAAGGAAAGGCCAGUGCAGGGAGCAAAUCUAGGCAGUGAGGGUGCAGUUAGGACUUGAACUCGGGCCUUCUGGGCCUUCUGACUCCGUGUCCAGUGUUCUUUCAUCUCACCACAGCUGCCUGAGCAGGUGUUGCCUGAGACCAGUCCUGCUUAUCGCCCCAUCAUCUCUCUCCACCAUGACACUGCUGUCCCCAGAUUCUUCCAGUGAACAACAAAAAAAUGUUUUUCCUAAGUCUGAGAUCAGCUAGUCUGUGAUAGCGUGUGGUUAACUCAGCCAGGGAAUUCCAGGCAUCCCAAGCCCAGAAGGUAGAAUGAUGAGCUGAUAGGUGUUUUGUUACUGUGAAAACUGGACUGGGCCCCAGAAUGAUGUCUUCUGCUUCAUCACACACCAGGCCUUCAGCAUACUGUUGUCCUCAGAAGAGAGGGCGUGGAGGGCGUCUCUGUCCAUUCUGCCCUUAAUCACAGAGUCUGCAGGUGCUGAGGGAUAGCAGGGCCCAGGCAAGCCUACCACCCUGGAAUCUGCCGAGCAGAUGUAAAGACUUCCGUGAAGCAAUAAACACAAAAGUCUGGGAGAAGAUAUCCAGAAUUUUGUGCACUCCUGUUUCUUUUUCAAAGUUGUAGCAGAUCAGAUGACACUGACCUGUUUGCUCUUCUGAGUCUCAAAUGUGAUGUCCUCAGUCAGUGUUUUCUUGUACCCGGCUUCCCAGCUCUUUGCCAACUUCUUCUGAGCUGAGUAUCAGUCAACUGUGACAUGCCACUCUCUGUCCUGGUCCCACCCUCAACCAUGCUGGAUCCUGGAGGACCUCUUGCCCCACCCCUCAGCUACAUAUACAUCUUUCCCUUCCAAUGUGGUGUUCCUGUUGUCUCAUUCUGCCCCAUAGUCCUACACACACACACACACACACACACACACACACACACACACACGCACGCACACACGCGCACGCGCGCGAGUUGGUCUAAUCUUUUUUUUUCCCCCAUUGGUUACAUUUAACUCUGUGGCAGGCUCACUUUAAUCCCUCUCACAUCAUGUCCUUUCCUUCUUGUGAGUUAUUUGUCAUUAACCAACUUUGUCAGCAACAGACGUGUAUCUGAAGGUGUCAUGCAAGACCUUCAGCAGGGACUUCUGGGCCAUGGAGGACUGUCUAAUACAUGGACUUAUAAACUGACUGCAUGAGCAACGAAAAGGCCAAAUUAUUGAUUUUUUUUGAAUCACUGUAAAAAAAAAAAAACUGAUUUCUUUUGUAUAGAGAACACUAAACAUAUAAUAAAAGUUGUUCAAAAUGGA